UAAGAAUCCUAAGUAGAAUAUUCCUUUAUCUAGUGUUGGAUUCCCUCCUAUCUGCAUUUUGAUCACCACUUCCGUAAAUGUUUCUUCUUUUCUCAUGAAUUUAUGGAUAAAUUGUAGUGGUCAGUAACUCAUUAGUAAUAUUUCUGUUGUUUUAUCUCUUUCUGAUGUACUGCUUAUAGAAAUUCAGUGUAUAUUCCGAAAUUCAGAUUUAUUUAUGGAAUGAACAAUAAAAAUGCGUACUAGGCUGUAAAAAUAGAAAGGAUGGAAGGCUAUCCAUAAAAGCCAUCGUAUGCCAGCAUUGUAAUACUCCUUAACUUCUAUAUGAAUGUAAUAAAGAACAUGACAAUCUACACGAGAGGGGGAAGCAAAAUAAAUGUGGUUGGAAUGAUGAUUCAUUUGAUGAAAUGACUGACAAGGCAUAUUUAUGUAGUCCUGACAGCCCACCACCUAUUUCAAGUGAUAUCAGAGUGGCCACAACACCUAGUAUGGAUGAAGUAUUUUGUAAGGAACAUGUGGACAGUCCUAAUAUUUGUGAUGGUGAUGAUGAUGUCAAUCUGGAGAGACUUUCUGAUCUGCAUAUUCCCCUUCCUCUAUUCCACACUGAAUCAAAUUAUUCAGACUCAUCGCAGAUGGAUGCCCCGGAUUCUGAAAUUGAUACAUGUUGUAUAUUUUCAUCAAAUAACUGUGUUAUUAGCCAUUCGGAAAACUACAUUCAGACUAAACGUUCUCUUGCAUCCACUGAAUCAUCCCAUUUAGAUCUUAAUGAUGGUUCCGCGUCUAAAGUUACAGCAGUACAACCAAUGUAUUCACGAUUUUCCACAAAAAAUGGUGGAUUUCUACAGCUAUCAUCUCAUGCUAAUCAACUUCUAACUACUGCAGUUCAGUCAGCUCAACCGCCUAAACCAACAUCUAGUUGUCAGUCAUUAAAGUCUAAGUAUCGUCGUGGAGGCCAAAUAACACUGAAGUCAGGUGCCUCGAUUCUCCGUACAAAAAAUUCGUUUAGUGAUUCAAAAACUACAAAUUUUAAACCAACACUUACUUCCGCACGUUUUACGCAUUGUCGGUUUUUAACUGCUUCUCAAUUGUCUGGAUCAACACGAGAAUCAACAGGUACUCUAACUUGGUUUCCAAAAGUAGCUUUGGUCAAUUCUAAUACCUCGUUCAAUUUACGAAAACCAGCUAUUGUUAUCGCCUCAUCAUAUCCUAACUAUAGAUCAGAUGGUACAUAUGUGAAAAGUGAAGGAGUUAAUUUUAUGGCUCAAUCUUCUACAGGUAUAAGAUCAGCAGGUAUCCAGUCUAUGACACGUAAUCAAAAUGGUUUCUAUGUUUCUUCGAUGCACCAAAAUUCAGUGAGACGUGGUGGUGGUGGUCCUCUGAAUGCCAGCACUGAUAUAACCUCAGUAGUAGCAACAACAAUGUCAACUAAUUUUGGACCUAGCCGUGCUGUGUUUUGUCCUCAUUUGGGUUGUGGUAAAACAUUUCGUGAUACAGCUGCUAUGCGUAAACACCUACAUACACACGGGCCUCGUGUUCAUAUUUGUGCGGAAUGCGGCAAAGCAUUUGUCGAGUCAAGUAAAUUGAAACGUCAUCAACUUGUGCAUACUGGUGAAAAACCUUAUCAAUGUGCAUUUGAUGGUUGUGGAAAACGCUUCUCCUUGGAUUUCAAUCUACGUACACAUCUACGCAUUCAUACUGGAGAUCGACCGUAUCCUUGUCCCCAACCUGGCUGCAGUAAACGCUUCGCUCAGUCGACAAAUCUAAAAUCUCACUUAGCUACACAUAGUAAAGUUAGAAAUGCUCAGUCAGGUUUCACUAAUCGACAUCAUUUAAGUCCUAAUGCCAAUAGUUCUGUUCUUCUGCGCACUCACUCACAACCUAUGCCAAUUUCAAUGAAUGGUUCCGUUUUACACUCUCAAGUGAAUUUUCCCACUAUAAUUCCUAUGGGAUCAAAGGAAGUCAGUAUUCGUAAUCCAAAUGGUAAUAGUAGAUUCAAGUCGAAUUUGAGUUCUUUAUUUCAAGAAGUUCGUCUAGAUGGUUUUCGACUGCAUAACUCGUCACCACUGAACAGCGUCUCUAUGCCUGUAUCAUCGUGCUCAGAUCAAUGUGAACCGACAGGUAUAAGUCCUAUGUCACCAUUAGAUUUAACAUCUUCAACUGAAUCGAAUGGUUCCUCAUUCUCUUCGCAAAAUACUGCUGUAGUGAAUACUAUGUCAUCAUCAAUGUCAGUUGUGUCAGCAUCACAAAUGCUGACUACACUAGACGGUAAUCUAGAAGAUUUCGAUAAUUCUACUGGCGGCAACAUGCCGUUGUUUGACAACGCUUCUAUGGAAUCGUCUAGAAAUGUUGACCAUCAAAUUGAUAUUGAUAUUAAUAAAACUAUGAAAUGCUGUGAAGAAUUUUCAAGUGAUACACAAAUCGAUUAUGAUAGAGAUAACUUUCAGAUACCGCUUUGCAUAAAACCAGAAUCAGACAGUGUCAAUACAUCACCGAUUAUGCAAAAGUGUGUAACACCAAAGCGAGCAAGGAAAUCCCUAAGUUUGCCUAAACGAUCUGAAUCCCCGGGCUGUGAAGACUUCUUUAAGACUGAAGAAGAAAAUGUGACGUAUUACAACAAGGAUAUCGACCAUCGACCUGAGAUGAUAAAUCGAUUGUCCAAUGGAAAUGGUAGUAGUGGUAAUCAUCGGUUAUCUAAUAACAAUAAACAACCUGUAGCUAAACCAUCAAUACAUCAUCAGCAUGUAUCAAAAUCACCCAAUAAUAAAUAUCUGUGUAAAAAAUCAGUUUUGCCACAGUCAUCGGCAUCAUCAGUGAUGACGACAACAACAGCAGCAGCAGCUGGAGGAGGAGUAUGCGUCGUAACACCCUAUGCUACUCGAUCGAAAUCUCGUGAAUCGUUGAAAGCCUCAUCUGGCUGUCAUCGUGGUGAUGGUGGUCGUCGUCGUGGUGGUGGAAAAAGUUUCAAAUCAUACAGAAUUAAACAUCGUUCCCAUCUAUAAGUUUAACAUCUUUAUAAAUGUGUGUGUGUAUAUUGUGUUUGGUUCUCUACCUCUUUUGUUCUUUCUUUCGCUCGCUCUCUCAUCCUCUCUCUUCGUUUGUCUUAUACGCAUAAUGUUGUACACUUGAGGUUUAUCUGUUGUUGUUGUUAUCGUCUAGUCAGUCAUUAUUGCUCAGUGCGCAUGCACUCAAAAUUUAGUGCUAGCAGUAGCAGCUGGUGGUGGUGGUGGUGGUCAUGUUCGUUUCGAUUUUGUUUGUUCUAUUGUUGUGUGUAAGUGUGUGUGUGUGUUUGUUUAAAAAUAACUUCUUAACAGACCCGAGUCUAAUUCAAUUUCCAUGACAUUGAAGGUUCUAUCUACACUGUCUGUCUGUUAACCUGUCAUUCCUGGAGAGUUGAUCUGAAAACCGUGUUGAAUCACAUUUGUUGUACAUUUUUUUUCUCUCGUUAUUGUUUCAUUUCUUCUAUAUAUAAAAUCAUGUAUACUGUUCGUUGUUACUAUUAUUAUUAUUAUCUUAUAUUACGGUGUAUUAAAGUUUAACUGUGUAGUGCUGAUUUUCUCUCAUGUGUUUAUUAUCGUUUUGUUGAGCAUUUUGUACUUUCAUAUACUUAUCACCCCUGUGUGUCUGUGUGUGUAGGUGCGUGUUUGUGAAUUAGGGAUGGUUUGUUGGAUUGAAUUGAAUUAUAAACUUGUAAACACAAUUAAAAAUUUCAAAAUUUAUCAUCCACUUCCUCUGUAAGGCAAGCAUACACAUUCUUAUUUAUUAAUAAAUUUUUCCUUCUACACUUAUUGUGAAUAUUAAAUCUUUGUCCUCACUAACUAACUAACUAACUGUUGUUUGCAUUUAUUACAACUUUGAUAUUGUGUCAUCCCCUAGUGUGCAAUAAUUUCCCUAAAUCGAAGAUAUAUUGGAGAGUGAGUAAGCAAAGUAUAAAGAUAGUGGGUGUGUACGCUCAUCACAACAGACACGCACACACACACACGCAUACAAACACAGGCAUACAUACGUACAUUUGUUCUUCAUUGUGUACAAUUCUACAAAUUUUAAGUUUUGUUUUCCUAUCUGUUUUCAUUAUAAACUGUGCAAUACAAAGAAACAUGACAUGAAACUAAUUCAUAGUUAAUAAUCAGUAUGGAUGCACACACUGAGAGAAAGAGAAGAGAGGAGGGAAAAUCAUUCUUCAAAUGUUGAUGUUUUUUUUAAAUUUUUGUUUCUGCGCUAUUCUGGUCUUUGGGGGAUGUGUAUGUCUAUAUGUGUGUGUGUGUGUUGGUUUGCAUUUGUGUUCAUGCUUCACUGAUAUGAGUCUAUAAUACCUGGGAGUGUAUUUAUUCUCUCGCCGUUUUCCACUUUGUGUAUUAUCCUCCUAUACGAUACUAUACUACUGGUAUUAUUAUUAUUAUUGCUACUACUACUAAUAGUAAUGUUAUUAUUAAUUAAUUAAUUACGAAUAUCCUGGGUAAAGGUUGUUUCAAGUAUAUUCAUAUUAUUCACUACUACUAGUCCUAUCAUCAAUAAUAACAUAUACAUAUACAGGUGCGCAUAAUCAAGUUUGCUUAUUGUAUAUCGCUGGUGUUUAUUCUAGUCCUCCUACGUGUGAAAUUCACCAUACUGAAGAUAAACAUAGUAAUAAUGAUACUCCAGUUAGAAAUCGUACUAGUAGUUAUGUUAUAUCCUGUUUGUGUGUGUUAACGUGUUGGGAACAGUAUUAUAUACUUUUAAUAGGAAGGAAGUAUGCCAAAAAAGAAAAUUAUGUACACAUCUCUUAUUAUUUCGCUCUUUGCCAUUCAUUACCAUUAAAUAACAUCACUGCUCGUGUCUGCGUCAGCGUGUUAUUUUCGGUGUCCUUGUUUAUUAUAUUAUAUGCUCUCCGUGCGUUUAUUGUUGAACAACACCCCUGGAUAUGUAGUUUUGUUUGUUCUGUGUGCGGAUUCAUCACCACACACACACACACACAAGCGUAUCUAACAAUGCAUUUAACACUUUUAUUAUUAUUUUUUAUUCUACAGCUUUCGGUGUUCUCUUCCCUGCCUCCUUCCUUGUUUGUCUGUUUUUCCCCUUUCAUGUCUGUCUCUUACACCAUCUUUUAUGUUAUAUCUCAAUGCCUGCUUAACCCCAUAGGGAGGUGUGUUAUGCAUUGUGAAAGGCAUUUGAUGAAGAAGAGACGAUAGAUAAGAAGAUUAUUUGUGAUGUGUGUCUAUAUGUGAUAAGGUUUCUACUUUACAUUCUGCUUCUUCUUCUUCUUCUGCGUCUCCGCCUCUUUACUGAACUGUCGUGUGUGUGUGUGUGCUCCAGUGUCAAUAAGUAUUCAUGAUUUAUAUAUAUGACUCUCUUUCUUCCUUUCUCAUUUUACCCUUCUAUCUCUCUGUCUGUCUGUCUGUCUAUCAUUCUGUUGUCUUUGCUCCUCCUUUUUCUAUGCUUGGUCUAUUGGUGGUUAUCACGUUGAGUACAUUGUGUUUAGGUCUUGUUUACUUAUUUUUACUUGCUUGUUAUUUAUUCUUUCAAAACAUUUACAACGUUUAUAUCCAAAGUUCACUUGUCUAUCUAUCCAUCGAUCAGUCAGUCGAUCAAUCGAUCAGUCAAAUCAGACUAUAUUCGUUAACUCUUAUUAAAAAAUAAAUAAUGUAAUUAUAUCAUGAGAUAGGGAGAUUAACCCAGUCUCUUAUAUAUCAG